AUGUCUGACAACGGUUCGCCCAACGUGCAGCAGAAGCCUGAAGACGGUGGCCAGAGCGAGCACCUCAACAUCAAGGUCACCGAUAACAACAACGAGGUCUUCUUCAAGAUCAAGCGCACCACUGCCCUUGGCAAGCUUAUGAACGCCUUCUGCGACCGUCAGGGAAAGAACAUCUCAAGCGUGCGAUUCCUGUUCGACGGCCAGCGCGUAACAGCCGCGGACAACCCAGACACGCUCGACAUGCAGGACGGCGACACCCUUGAAGUCCACCAGGAGCAGAUUGGUGGCUGCUGA